AACAGGCUGUUUCCUCUCCCUUGUAUUUCCGAAGGGAGUCACCAUGGCUGCGGCGAUUCGGCAGGCAGUGGUAUUGCUCUCCCUGGGGGCUCUUUGUGUCCUGAGCAAGCCCACCGAGAAGAAGGACCGCGUCCACCACGACCCUCAGCUGAGCGACAAGGUGCACGACGACGCGCAGAGCUUCGAUUAUGACCAUGACGCUUUUCUGGGCACGGAUGAGGCCAAGACCUUCGACCAGCUGACUCCAGAGGAAAGCAAGGAGAGGCUGGGAAUGAUUGUAGCUAAGAUAGACACGGAUAAGGAUGGGUUGGUGACCGAGGGGGAGCUGAAGGCCUGGAUUAAGAAGGCGCAGAAGAAGUACGUGUAUGACAAUGUCGCGCGCCAGUGGCAGGAGUUUGACUUGAACCAAGAUGGCCUCAUCUCCUGGGAUGAGUACAGGAACGUGACCUAUGGCACUUAUCUGGAUGACCCUGACCCAGAUGAUGGUUUCAACUACAAGCAGAUGAUGACGAGAGAUGAGCGGAGGUUCAAGAUGGCCGACAAGGACGGUGACCUGAUUGCUUCCAAGGAGGAGUUCACUGCCUUCCUGCAUCCCGAAGAAUACGAUUAUAUGAAAGAUAUUGUUGUGCAGGAAACGAUGGAAGACAUUGAUAAGAAUGGAGACGGCUUGAUUGACUUGGAAGAGUACAUAGGUGAUAUGUACAGCCACGAUGGAGACGCCGAAGAGCCUGAGUGGGUGAAGACGGAGCGGGAGCAAUUUGUCGAGUUCCGGGACAAGAACCGCGAUGGGAAAAUGGACAAGGAGGAGACCAAGGAUUGGAUCCUGCCCUCGGACUACGAUCACGCUGAGGCGGAAGCGCGGCAUCUUGUUUACGAGUCGGAUCAGAACAAGGACGGCAAACUCACAAAAGAAGAAAUCGUGGACAAGUACGACUUGUUUGUGGGCAGCCAGGCCACGGACUUUGGCGAGGCCUUAGUACGACACGACGAGUUCUGAGCCCGGGGAACCUUCUUCCGUGACAAAAGAAGGGGUGGGUGGGGAAAGUAAUUUAUUUUUGACAGUUUCCGAAGCAACGUGAAAAGCUUUCACUACUGAGACCGGCAGUUUCAGGCGACGACACACACAACAACAACAACAACAAAGACAUCCAUCCUGUCGGCCCUUUACCUUCCCGUGGGGCCGAGUAUCCAAAGGAGUCCUAAAAAGUGCUUCACUUGCGAUGCUUGGAGGUUUCACUUGUUUUUAUAGGUUUGCGUUUUGUUUUUACAUCUAACAAGUUGUGUUUAUUUUUGUAUUAAUUUUUUUUGGGGGUCCCGCGUGAGAUGAAGAAUCUGCCUCUCCCGAAUCCCACUAGCUCCCCCCAUCCGACCCCUCCCCUCUUUUAAGUGUUGUGUAUUUAGUGGUAUCCUACGGUAGUAAAAUGCCAGAGAACAAAUGGGCUGAGGGAAACAAAACACAAAAUUAGCCUCUGUAUGAUAGUUUCUUUUUGAGGGACGGGAGGUUUGAGGGUGGGCGAGUUCUGGCUAACAGGAAACGUCGUUGGAGCCUUCCUGUACAGCCAUGGUGGCGAACCUUUGGCACUCCAGAUGUUAUGGACUACAAUUGGCCAUGCUGGAAGGGGCUGAUGGGAAUUGUAGUCCAUAACAUCUGGAGUGCCAAAGGUUUGCCACCACUGCUGUAUAGCCUGCGCUACUAAUGUUCUCUCCAGUGUCGAGGAUUUUUCCCCUCGAUGAGCCUUCCGCAGCCGGGAGCCAAUGGCCUAGGGCUUUGUAUGUGAUUAGCAGUCGGCCAAAGCAGGUUGUAUAGCAGUUGCUGCUCCCUGGGUGUCCAUCACAGUAAGGUCUGUUACCAUGGUGAUAGCAUAGUCCCCCUCCCCCAAAGCCGGCAUCCUUUGCAGAAGGGGGUCUUGCGCUGCAAAACACCCAGGAAAUGGGCGUGGCUUAGCCAGCAUUGGUCCGGCCCAGAAAGCUGCAAGGAUUCAACUUGCUGCUCCUGAAAUGUAGCUUGAAAUCAGGAGUGCUGGGCUGGAGCCUGAGAACGCCUCUGCUCGGGCUAGCCAAUGCCCAGCUCCUUCCGAAGGAGGGAGCAGGCGGGCGGGCGGGUGGGUGAACGCAGCAUUGGUGCCGGGAAGGCUGGGCUGACAGCAGAACGCUAAGCACACCUGGCGGCCCCGCAUCCUUUCAAGUGCCUUUCUGUUACGAGCAAAGACCAGGUUUCCCAGCCACGGGGGGAAUCGCGGGGCAAAACGUGGCCUCGGGCGACGGGGGACGCCUUUGUGCGCAUCCCGGCCCGCAAGCGGCAGUUCAGUGUUAAAACCUGUCCCCGGCAGGGUUCUGGUCUCUCUGUGGGCUUCCGGGCCUAGUUGCCCAGCCUGUUGAGGUGGGCCUCGGCCUUACCUUGAAAGGCAAACCACUCCCUCUUGCGGCGGGCUCUGUCUUUUAACUGGGGGGGGGGGGCAGCUUUUGUUACAAGGCCAAAUCGCAGCUUCGCUUGCCUUCCCCCCCUCUUUCGAGAGCACUUGGCGGGCUGGUUUGCUUAGACCAGAAUUGUCUAGAGCACAGGUGUCAAAUUCGCGGCCCUCCAGAUGUUAUGGACUACAGUUCCCAUCAUCCCCUGCCAGCAUGGUGCUGGCAGGGGAUGGUGGGAACUGUAGUCCAUAACACCUGGAGGGCCGCGAGUUUGACACCUAAGGUCUAGAGCUGAACCCACGUUCGGAGGGUCUGGCCCGGGGAGGCGUUGGCUCCUUGCACUGCUUCUUCACGAACAGCUUUUGCCUGACCCUCCUCGUUGGCCCUUUGGGCGCCCACCGCUGGUCAGCUACUUCCUCUCCACCAGCCCUCCGCUUGGUAAUAGUCACGAACGUGGGUGUUCAUUAUUUCCUUUGACUCACGAGGACUCGCAGGGAUCGAAGGCUUUCAAAACACCACUUUGCUCCUGUCCGUUUCGUAGCCCUUUUUUUCUUGGAAAAGUUGAGACAGCGAAGAGGAAACGCGUUUGUGGGUGUCUGUGUGUACAUCUAGCACGCGGGCCAGGAUGUCGUAAAGUCUGUGGGCGGAGGUUCUGCUUCUAGAUACGCAUUCGAUGCAAAGCUCUUGAAAGUAACUUUUUUAAAAAGGCAGGGAAGGAAAGUGGUACAGGGAACCGUGGGCGAUCAGUCCAGUGGCCAGACAGACGCCUUUGGCUCACAGUGAAGUUGAGGGCGGGGCGGGAAUGCCUUAAAACUGGGUUCUGCUUUUUCGGAGCCGAGUGGGGGAAGGAAGGUUUAGAGCAGUGCCGCCACAGUAUGAACACUAAAGGCCGUCGGCUGUGUGAUCACGCUUUGGGCUCAAGUUGUACCCAGUUGCACCCUGCUUCCUUUCAGGAGAGCGUAUGUCCGUGUGUGUGUGUGUGCGCGUGCGCGUGCGCGUGCGCGUGUGUGUGUGUGCGCGCGUGUCCAGCACCCCCCACCUGGCCAAGAACCAAAAUCGCCGCCAGGACUUCCUGGGCAUUUUGUCCCUUGAUGCGUCUCAGAAUGCAGAAGCGGCAGAGUCCAGACAUGCGCCUGAGCCGAUACCUUUGCGUCGAACGACACCUGGAGAGCUCCGUCUCAGUUAGUCACUUUCGCAGCGCAGGUCUGACCUUCGCACUCCUGAAUCGGGCCCUCGCCGCGCAACCCAUUUGUCUUUUGAACGAAUCUGCGCGUCUCGCCCCCAAGUUCUCUUUGUUGCCCGCCUUUAUAGGAGGUUUUAUCUUGUAGAGUGUAAAUGGAGUUUUAUAUAACGUACAACAUACAGACAAAACCGUGUCUUAAUAAAAAUGUUUACAUCC